AUGUUUUGGACCAAGAAAUCACUCAACCAAAAUGAUGGUGUGGUGGCAUAUGUUCGCAAAGAACUCAGCAUUUCCUCAUGUGAACCAGAGUUUACAGAAGGCAACUGCCUUACAGUCACAAUUAGCACUAAAUACACGUUAGUCUGUUCAUACCGUCCUCCGAGUUUCAGAAAAACCAACGCGUAUCUCAAUUCACUGGAACAAGUUAUACGCAACAUAAAAACACAAAAUAUAAUUCUAACUGGUGAUAUUAACAUAGACACCCUUAAUGAUAAUUCUAGUGGUCCAACUCAAGAUUAUCUUAAUCUGUUGGCAAUGUAUGGGUUAAGACAAGGAAUCAAUCUGCCCACCAGAAAUAAUACUUGUUUAGACCAUUUUAUGGUGAAGUGUUCUAAUGCUUGGAAAACAGUUGUCUUUGAACAGCAGAUCACUGAUCACUCACCUAUACUAUUAUACAUAAGCAACGCAAGAGUAAAUAAAAAUGACAUGACAUAUCAAAAAUUAAAGAUAGACCAUGAAGCUAUUAAAAACAGUCUAAAUAAUGAAUGCUGGAAGAAUCUUUAUAGAACCGCUGACAUAAAUAUCGCAUGUGAGAUUCUCAUAGAUAAACUUUUAUUACUUAUCGAAGAUAACACAUCAUCAAGAACAGUCUCAAAACGAAAUCGUCCACUCAAGCCAUGGAUAACAUACGGUGUGGUUAAAUGUAUAAAAAAACGUGAUAGACUUCAUAGAAGAGUUAAAAAGUUUCCUAAUGACACUGACCUGAAACAAAAAUAUACCACAUAUAGAAAUUCGUGUAACCACCUAAUAAAAAGUCUUAAAGCUAAAUAUUAUGAAGAAAGGUUGAUCAACGAUGCUGGUAAUAUUAAAAAACAGUGGCAAACAAUAAAGGAAGUAUGCAACAUUAGCCAGAAUAAGGUAUCUUCCGAGGAGCUUCUUAAUAUUAACGAUUCCCCCUCCGAGUCCGUUGCAACGGUUAAUUCAUACUUUACUUCAAUAGGAGGUACUCUUGCCAAGGGUAUUCUCAAUCGAUUGAACACUAAAGAAAAUGAAUUGGCACGACUAGCUAGAACAUCAUCUGGGCCAUUGAAUUCAAUGUCUUUUGUCCCAACAGAUCCACACGAGGUCAGAAACAUUGUUUUGGGACUC